UCCAGAUCCUCCGCUCCUCCUCAGCUCAACACACACAUCCAUUGUACACAAACGGGCAGGCGGCUCACGCAUACACACGCACUCACACACAUACAGACACACACACACACUCACAUCCAUACGCACACACGCACAGCAUCGAUCGUGGCUCCUUUAAGAAAGCCUAAGCCAGAAUUAUCACCCCACCUCCUCUUGAUCUCCUCUAGACGCUUUUGCAUAAGAAAAUCAAGCCGGGAGCCGAGAGUGAUCAAAGAAAACGAGAGGAGAGCUGCUUCAUUUUUUAACUGUGAUUGUGACCAUUAACAUUUAGGUGGUGCCGAUCCCGUGGAGACGCGCGUCGGACCAUCAUUCAUCCGGUACUUUUUGACAAGCCCUCGCGUUUUGACUGACAGGCGGAGUGGCAAAAAGCCAUGAGAGUCGCCAGUUUUGUUUGAGGGGGCUAUUUUAUUUUCAUCCUGGUUUUGGAAAAGGAGCCUGGCGCCGCUGCCCCGAGGACAGCCGAGGACCUAUUCGCCGCGCCUGGGCUAAACUUGCGCAGAAAGCGGGGGCUGGCUUCACCGUUCCGUGGAAAAAAGAGACAUACGGGAUUUUGGCUGAAACAUCUUCCCAUUUAUUUGGAUUUUCUUUCUUCAUUUCGUCUCCACCCUGGCUCAGAGGGGAUUUAUCUAAACUGAAAGGACGACCAGGGAGUCAGGAGGGUUAUGGCGCAACGGUACGAAGACUUGCCCCACUACGGGAUGGACGGGGUGGGCAUCCCGACCACCAUGUACGGAGACCCGCACGGCGCCCGGUCCAUGCAGGCGGUGCACCUCAACCACGGGCCCCAGCUGCACUCUCACCAGUACCCGCACACCGCCCACACCAACACCAUGCCUCCCAGUAUGGGCUCCUCUGUUAACGACGCUCUCAAGAGAGAUAAAGACGCUAUAUACGGGCACCCCCUGUUCCCCUUGCUUGCACUGAUUUUUGAGAAAUGUGAAUUAGCGACUUGCACCCCCAGAGAGCCCGGGGUGGCGGGAGGAGACGUCUGUUCAUCGGAAUCUUUCAAUGAAGACAUAGCAGUGUUUGCAAAACAGAUUCGGGCAGAAAAGCCUUUAUUUUCAUCAAAUCCAGAAUUGGAUAAUCUGAUGAUUCAAGCCAUUCAAGUUUUACGAUUUCAUCUUCUGGAGCUGGAGAAGGUGCACGAGCUGUGUGAUAAUUUAUGUCACCGCAACAACAACUGACUGAAACACCCACAGCGCAUCGACUUGGUCAUAGACGACAGAGAGGGCGGGUCCAAAUCAGACAGCGAGGAAAUCACGAGAUCAUCGGUGGCCCUUGAUCAGACGUCCUGGAACAGGGAUCAUGAUGACACGGCGUCCACACGCUCUGGAGGAACGCCGGGGCCGUCCAGCGGCGGACACACAUCACACAGCGGCGACAACAGCAGCGAACAGGGUGAUGGUCUGGACAACAGCGUGGCCUCGCCGAGCACAGGGGACGACGAUGACCCGGAUAAAGAAAAGAAACGCAACAAGAAGAGAGGGAUCUUCCCUAAGGUGGCCACCAACAUUAUGAGAGCAUGGCUCUUUCAGCACCUAACACAUCCCUACCCGUCAGAAGAACAGAAGAAACAGCUGGCGCAAGACACAGGCCUCACCAUCCUACAAGUGAACAACUGGUAAGUCAUUUCAGGGUUUAC